UGUUGUUGUUCUAAAAUUUCAAUAUUUCAAUUGUAUAAAUAUAUUGUACUUAAUGUUUUUACAGCAUUAAAGUUUUUAUGAUAAUCCAUCAACGUCAGAAUGGUCAGUUUGCAAGGAUUGAAAGAUUUUUUCUUCAAUGAAGAUCCAGAUAACCUUGAAAGGAUUGGGAGCUUCUACACUAUAAUAUCCAUAGUGUGUGGCUAUGUGGUAUUCGUGACAUACGUGGGUCCCCGACUCAUGAGAGGCCGGAAGCCAUUCAAACUGAACAAGAUAUUGAUCACAUACAAUGCGUGCAUCGUUCUAAUAAAUGCUUUCAUCGCAUACAAAAUUGGAACACAUGUUUACCCUCGCCUCUACAUGAUGUGCUGGUCUAGAGAUUCCUAUGAUAUUGAUUAUCACAUAAAGUACAUAUUCAAGUAUGGUUGGUGGUUCUAUCUUAGUAAAUAUGUUGAUUUUCUUGAUACAUUGUUUUUCGUUUUGAGGAAAAAAUGGCGACAGAUUUCAUUCCUACAUGUUUUUCAUCAUGGUUCUGUCGUCUUUUUAUGUUGGUUGGGAAUUUAUUUAAAACAUCGUGGAUUGUAUUUAGCAUUUGGAAUGCCACUCAAUGCAUUUAUUCACGUUUGCACUUAUUCUUACUACACGCUGGCCGCAUUUGGACCUCGUAUGCAAAAAUUUCUUUGGUGGAAGAAAUACUUGACAUUCCUUCAAGUUGGUCAGUUCAUCGUGGGACUUACUUUCAUAUUUUCGACUAUUGCUCUUGGAUGUGAAGAAUUGGAACCCAUUUUUAUUAUUGUCAUACCAUUCGGAAUAACUCUUUUACUUUUAUUUGUUAACUUUUAUAACAAAAACUAUGUUAAAUCAGACUAAAAACAAUUCAUUACUUGGGAUGUAAUAUUUCAUUCUUUUAUUUGAAAUUAAUUCAUAUAGGACAUAUUAAUAAGCAAUUAUAAAAUAAUACGUAAAACUUAUACUUAAAGGUAUACAUUUCUUUUAUGAAAAUACAACACUAUCAAGCUAUUCUAUUAUCUUCUCAGAAACUCAAUUACUUUCAAUAUCCAGAUUUUACGGAGAAAAGUGAAAUGAAUGGAUUUUUAAGAAAUGGGCGAGUUCUGUAAAACGGAAUCAGUGAAGUCACUCUGAAUGGUUAAAACGGAUGACUUAAAUUAAACGAAUUCAAUCCAUUUCAUUCUUAAAUAGAAGUUUUUCCCAAUUAAUUUAAAAAUUCUAUUUCCCUAACUUACCCACAUUCACUUUUAAAUAAUAAAUUUUAAACUGAAGGAAUAUUAAUGGUAGUUUUUUACUAAUUAAACUGACGACAAUCAUAAUUAUUUGUCACCUUAAAUUCAUUAUUGAAACUGAAGUUGAAUACCAGUUGUAGGAAACUUCAUAUAUUUCUCUCUUGCUAUCAUUAUGCCAGCAAUGGUUAUAGUGACAUAAAUUAUGAUUAUUAUUAUGAUCACAAAAAUAAAAUUUUUUACGAGUAAUAUUAUCAUAAAUUAUGAUUAGUUAAAAUCAGGAAUGCUUACUUUUAUGAUUGUAAAUUAUGAUUAGUUAAAAUCAGGAAUGUUUACUUUUAUGAUUGUUUACUUUCGUGAAUGUUUACUUUUUGGACUAUUACACGAAUCAUCAACGAUACUUAAAAUGAAUGCUGAUGGUAUCAUAUUUCUGCUUUAAUGUUUCAGUUAGAAGUUAUUUGUAUGAAAUGUUUUUGAGUAUUUUGUAACAAAAUUUUAUUGCCGUAAAAGAGAGUUGAAUGACUCCUUCUUGAAAUAGAAUGAGUAAAAAUAGUUGUUAAAUAAAACCUCUUAAUUUAUA